ACCGCCCCUUUAGUCGAGUGUUGCAGUGCGCAUGCUCAGUGUAGUAGCCGGUUAUGGCGGCGGUGUGUGUUUGUCCAUGAGGUGGGGGACGCCUGCUGUACUUGCGGUCUGUGACAGAGCGAUACGAGCGAAGCGCUGCCAUGGCUGGAGUGUUUGACAUUGACUUGGACCAGCCGGAGGACAAUGUCUCCGACGAUGAGAACGAGGAGGCUCAACUCAAUGAUAUCAUGGACCAGUGCAGUGGGUUUGAGUUCAACAUCGAAGAUUGUGAGAAGAUUGAGAUAUCGGAGACCAACGUCAACCAGGGGACAGAGAACAUCAGACCAGAGUGCUUUGAGCUGCUGCGGGUCCUGGGGAAAGGCGGUUAUGGAAAGGUUUUUCAAGUCCGAAAAGUUGUUGGAGCUGCAGCGGGCAAAAUAUUUGCCAUGAAAGUUUUAAAAAAGGCGAUGAUUGUACGUAACGCCAAGGACACGGCCCAUACCAAGGCGGAGAGGAACAUCCUGGAGGAAGUAAAGCAUCCCUUCAUUGUGGAUCUCAUCUACGCCUUCCAGACAGGAGGAAAGCUGUACCUCAUCCUGGAGUACCUAAGUGGAGGAGAACUUUUCAUGCAGCUGGAGCGGGAGGGCAUCUUCAUGGAAGACACAGCCUGCUUCUAUCUGGCAGAGAUCUCCAUGGCGCUGGGCCACCUGCACCAGAAGGGCAUCAUCUACAGAGACUUAAAGCCUGAGAACAUCAUGCUCAACAGCCAGGGCCACGUGAAGUUGACGGACUUCGGGUUGUGCAAAGAGUCAAUUCACGACGGCACAGUCACCCACACUUUCUGCGGUACCAUCGAGUACAUGGCCCCAGAGAUCUUGAUGAGAAGUGGACACAACAGAGCAGUGGACUGGUGGAGUCUGGGCGCUCUGAUGUACGACAUGCUCACAGGAGCGCCACCAUUCACCGGCGAAAACCGAAAAAAGACAAUUGACAAGAUCCUGAAGUGUAAGCUCAGCCUGCCGCCCUACCUCACACAAGAAGCUAGAGACCUCCUGAAACGGCUGCUGAAGAGAAAUGCAUCGUCCCGGUUGGGAGCGGCAGCAGGAGACGCCACAGAGGUGCAGGCUCAUCCCUUCUUUCGACACAUCAACUGGGAGGAUUUGCUGGCUCGGAAAGUGGAGCCUCCCUUCAAACCUUUCCUGCAAUCAGCCGAAGACGUGAGUCAGUUUGACUCGAAGUUCACCAGUCAGACACCAGUUGACAGCCCGGAUGACUCAACCUUGAGUGAGAGUGCCAAUCAAGCCUUCCUGGGUUUCACAUACGUCGCUCCGUCAGUCCUGGAAAACAUCAAAGAAAAGUUCUCAUUUGAGCCAAAGAUCCGCUCACCUAGACGGAUCGUGGGCAGCCCGAGAACUCCUCUCAGCCCAGUAAAGUUCUCAGGGGGGGAAUGCUGGGCCCGGAGCCCCCUCCUCCCCGGCGGAGGACCAAGCGUCCUUCAGUCACCUCAGGACCAGGCCAUGGAGCUGUCCACCCCAGAGCAGAUGGACGUCACAACGAGCUCCGAGGCCUCGGCCCCUCUCCCCAUCCGUCAGCCUGCCGGUGUCAACUUGGCUCAGAUGAAGCAGCAAGCGUAUCCUGUCGUGGCCAAGCGGCCUGAGCAUCUACGUAUGAACCUAUGACCCACCGCGCCUCUUUAGGAGAGCUUAUUUCUUUGACUCUUUUCUUUCUUUUCUUUUUUUUUUUUUUGUUUAUUUUUUAAGAAACAAAGCAAAAACAUAUGGAUGCUAGAGACAAUUAAAAUCUAAAAUUGCACAUCCACACACUACAUACUGUCACAGCCUGGAGUUGGGAGUUGCGUGGGUCUGGGACUCCAGCACGGCUGAAGUUAAAAGUGCUACAGACAACAUCACCGUCUCACCACUUCUCCUCCGACGACACCUCAGGUCUCAUGACCUUUUGUCUUCUGACCCUCCCUUUCUGAACUGGACUAGAAGGAUUGGAAAUCUUUCAUGGAGCUACAGCGUUUUGCUGGGAAAUCAAAAGUGAUAAUGUAUCACACAGUAUGCAAGCGGUUUACUCAGAUGCAGUCAGUCUAUAGUAACAAGAUGACGUCCAAAGUGCUUUGUGUUAUUCGAAUAUGCGGCAGUGAGGAAAUUGCUUCCACUUGGAGAUUCUUAGACAGUUCCUAGACAAAAAAUGCUUCCUGGCUCUGAAUGAUAUCAUAUUAAUUGGGUUUAUUAUUUAAAAUAAAGAUCAAAGAUAUCAUUGUGAGUGGUGGACAAGCAGGGGUUCUGGUAUUGAUGAAUAUAGCUUUAUGUCUUACGAUGUUUAACAGAAUGGAUGCAGUAAUUGUGCUAUACAUCAGCGAUGAAUCAGAGAGCCUAAAUUAAACAAACAA